AUGGCGACUCAGCAGGACGCGUUCAAGGCAGAUGCACAGCGUGCACGGCAGGACGGCUUGCCCCUGUCCACCGAUACGGCUUCACUCCAGCCGCCGUCACGGCUGCCGGUCUCCUCAUCGGCGACGCGCGUGGAGCAGCUAUCGCUAACAACACCGCGCGGCCGAGGAGGAGCAGGAGGCAUCUCGCCCGCCCAGCGCGGCGUGCCCAAUGCAAAAUCGGACACCAACACGUCACCUGCAUCCUCGUCGUCGUCGUCAUCGUCGGCCGAGGUGCAGAGCAAGACGUCCCAGGCACAAGCGAUUGCGUGGCUGUACGACUAUACGGGUGGGGCGGAGGACGACGACUGGCUGCACGUGCCCGGAGUCGAGCGCAAGCGGGGCAUCCUCGGCUGUGUGUUCGGGUGGUGCAAGGUCAGCGUUCGAGGCAUAAUCAACGUCGGCGUGCUGCUGGUGCUAUCGCUCGCACUGCUGAUGCUGUUCGCGGGCUAUCCGGUCUUGUACCACUUUGAUAUCUCGAACCACGACCGCAAGGCGCCCGGGUUCUUCGGGCUCGGCGGGACCAACGGCUCAGGUCAGAUCCCGUUGCUUCCCGACCUCUUUUCGCUCGUCGAUGCCGACACCCCCGUGGCAGCACACGCUUGGAAGAACCCCACCGACGGCUCGACUUACCAUAUCGUCUUUAGCGACGAGUUCGAGCAGGACGGCCGUACAUUCUGGCCGGGCGACGAUCCGUUUUGGGAAGCCGUCGACCUGCACUACUGGGUCACGGGAGAUUUUGAAUGGUACUCGCCCGAAGCCAUCAACACCACCGACGGCUUCUUGAACAUCUGGAUGCAAGAAAGGGAGACGCACAACCUGAAUUUUCAGUCUGGAAUGCUGCAGAGCUGGAACAAGUUCUGCUUCCAAGGCGGCUACAUCGAAACCAGUGUCGUUCUUCCGGGGGCGCACGAUGACAAGGGGUUCUGGCCGGCUGUGUGGAUGCUGGGCAACCUGGGCCGCGCCGGGUAUGCCGGGACGACGCAGGGCAUGUGGCCGUACAGCUACACGGCGUGCGAUAUCGGCACCCUGCCCAACCAGACGCAGCCCGACCAGACGGGCCCGCCAGCAGCACUCAACGCCCACGGCCUCUACUCGAAGGACGUCGACUACAAGCUCAGUUUCCUCGAGGGUCAGCGGUGUUCGGCGUGCACCUGUCCUGGCGAAGACCACCCAGGCCCUCACCACGGUGUGGGCCGCUCCAGUCCCGAGAUCGACAUCUUCGAGACGCAGGUUCAGCAGGGGCAUGGCGAAGCUUCCCAGUCGUUCCAGAUCGCGCCGUUUGACGCCAACUACACGUGGGACCAGUCGCCAUCCGUAGCGACCCUGCAUUCGGCGGACAGCCAAUUCAACCCGUACACGGGCGGCGUGUACCAGGAGGCCGUGUCGGCGGUGACGCGGGUGCCGGAUUCCGCGUAUGCGCAGUCGGGGGGCGUACCCGUGACAAUGGGCGUGCAGUACGAGCCGGACUGGACGGGCAACGGGAGCGGAUCCAUCACAUGGUUUCUGAACGGCCGACCGACGUGGACGCUCUCGGGGGCCUCGCUUGCGCCGAAUCAGGAUACCGAGAUCGGCCAGAGACUCAUCCCGACCGAGCCGAUGAGCAUCGUGAUCAACUUGGCGCUGUCAAACGGGUUCCAGAAGGUGCAGUGGAACCAGAUUCAGUUCCCGGCCGUGAUGCGUCUCGAUUACAUCAGGGUGUACCAGAAGGACGGUGAGCCGAAUCGCAUCAGUUGCGACCCGCCCGACCAUCCCACCGCAAAGUACAUCCAGGACCACCUUGAUGUCUACAGCAACAUCAACUACACGGGUGAGUGA